AUGGGAUUGUUGGUGCACUAUCAGAACACAAUAAUUCCAAGUUUUGAAGGUUUUGGAACGCAUGUCGGCCUGUACAAUGACUUGCUGUGCCUGCCGAUAACGAAGUCAUUGAUGUAUCCUCACAGACAAGUCUGGUACCGAUUUAUCGACUCCGGAGGGAUGAAAGCCUUGAUUGUGUACUACUUUCUUGAGCUGAACCAAGAUUGUUAUUGA